GUUCACUACUCUUCAACUAACAACUUUUACAUUUCUUUAUCAAAAUGUGGGGGGGGGAUAUGGCUUACUCCAAAUUGUAUCAAGGAAAAUCCAUCACAAAAAAAUAAACAUCACAGUACUAAGGCUUUACACAAGUUAAUCCUUCUGAGAUUGAAGAGGUCAGCUUAUUAGCUCUUCAUAUUGCCCACAUGUAGCAUGGGGUCCAUAACUUAUCUAAUUAUUGACUGUGAAAGUUUGGAACUGAACUUCAAAUUGUUUUAAAAUAUGAAUUUUAUGCAGGAUGGUAAAUCUUUUAUGGCCAUGUACUUUGAAACCUUGAUGUGAGUUAUUUUCUGCUAUAAAUUUAUAUCUAGGAAAGAUAUCAAGAUUUUUCUUCCCCCUACAGUCGUGCAGGUUUUCCUUAUGGGGCUGCAGAAAUUUUUUCAUUAAUGCAGCACAUGGGAUGUGAACCAGAUAGAGCCUCCUAUAAUAUCUUGGUAGAUGCAUAUGGCAGAGCAGGUUUUCUAAAUGAUGCCGAAGCUGUAUUUGAAGACAUGAAAAGAGUGGGAAUAACACCAACAAUGAAAUCCCACAUGGUACUUUUAUCUGCCUUUUCCAAAACUGGCAAUGUGAGUAAAUGUGAGGACAUUCUCAACCAAAUGUGCAAAUCUGGCCUGAAACUAGACACUUUUGUUCUAAACAGCAUGCUGAACUUGUAUGGACGGUUAGGCCAAUUUGGAAAGAUGGAAGAAGUUUUGACAGUGAUGGAAAAUGGAUCAUGUGAAGCUGAUAUUAGCACAUACAAUAUCUUGAUAAAUAGGUAUGGUCAAGCUGGAUUCAUUGACAAAAUGGAAGGCCUAUUUCAAUUGUUGCAUAGUAAAGGUUUGAAACCUGAUGUGGUGACUUGGACUUCACGUAUUGGAGCAUACUCUAAAAAGAAGCUUUAUGUAAGGUGCUUAGAAAUAUUUGAAGAAAUGAUUGAUUCUGGUUGCUACCCUGAUGGAGGAACAGCUAAGGUGCUCCUUGCAGCAUGCUCCAAUGAAGAUCAGACUGAGCAGGUUACUACUGUGAUUAGAACAAUGGACAAGGAUAUCAAAACUGUUCUGACACCAGUAUAAGUUGCUUGAACUUUGAUAUUGUAGUCAACAAUAAUGUAUUAUAUAUCUGAAACUUUUGUUUAAAAAAAUGUUCCAUCCCCAGGAAGCAUUUCUUGACCUAUUAGUUGACAAAAUU